CAAGCUCGAAGUGAGACUGAAAAUGAGAUUUUAAAUAAUGUAUAAUUAUUAGGGCAAUUGAAGAAAAAAAAAAUCCCACAAUUUGUUGUGAAUAAUCCUGAUUAAUCAUGUUGUUUUUUUCUUCUUAAUACUGAAGCUUUUAAUAAUGGAUAUUUAAAACGUGAAAUCAGAGAAUUAAUGUAGAAUCAACAAAAAGGAAGUAUAUUUAAAUUCAAACACCAUUCAUUAAUAGCAUUUUUUUUUUUUAACUUGGAAGACAAAUUCUCUCCUGUAGACUCGGACAGUCCCAUCUUCCCAUGGGUGGAAUUCAGAGAGGUGUUCUCAUCGCCUAUAAAUGAGUUUAUUAACCUUUUUCCUAUAUGGACUUGUACUCCUACUGUGGUCAGUCAUCUGCAGGCAGUCUCAGUCAGUACAUUAACUAUUGUGUUGGAGCGGAAGGUGUCGUGCCAGCUCUGUGUUCAGCAAGUCUGGAUAAGAGCCCACACACUUCCUCUGAAAGCGAGGAGAAAGACACCACAAUCAGAAAGAGCUGAGACUGUUGCAUAAAAAACACUCAUGAUCCAGCGCAGCACAACCGUCACCUUAUUUGCGGUUUUGUUUGCGUUUUUUAUUCUUUCUUGUUUGUUUGUUUUUGGAUUUUUUUGGUUCUUUGAUGGGAUGCUAAAUCUUAAGGAUGGUAGGUUAUGUUAAAAGGAAGACUGAAUGGAGUUAAUGGUUAACAGGAAACUGGCUGAGCUGGAGUUCUGUUAAAUGUUCCAAGUUGCUGAUUGUAUGCAGACAGUGUGGUGGUGGGUGGUAUUUUUUUCCCUCUCUCUCCCUUUCUCCAAAAUUCAAUUUGGAGCUGGACUGCAUGCCUUUAAAAGGAAUUUGGCCUGAAUGCUCGAUUGUUGUCUCCAUUCCAUAUUAUGAGUUUGAUAAGGAGUGAUGGACACAGUCCAGAGGCUCACAUCAUGCCUGAUUUGAUGUAGAGUCACUCAUAAGCGGGUGUCCAUUUGUGCCAUUCUGUUUCUUGUCCAUAGGUGAGGAGGUUAGCAGCGGACACGGCUUGGCUUGGAGAGAACCACAGUCCAUACGUGCAGGCUUUCUAUACAGAAUGUUUUGUGAUUUCGACUAUGGCUUUAAAAAUAGCUUGGUUGAGAUUUUAAUUUCUUUGCUACAAGGGAAUUUUUCUUGUAAAUUUUUGUGGACUGGACCUUAUCUUAAAAGUUCUCCUUUGGAAAGGAGUCCCUCGUGGAUGAGUGCGUUCUUCAUGCGUCAAUCAUUCGUUUUGACUGGAGUGGAAAGGAAAAUGUAUAUGUGAACCUUCAAGUUGAUUCUAAAGCAUUAGGUUUUGAAACUGGACGUUUUCUCUGGAUGGUGUGUGUGGAUUUAUGGAGAAGAUGAACAGUGGGUUGUUUGGGUUCUACUCUGGAUCACAGGGUGUUGUGCGUAAGGUGCUGGUUUCUGCAGAGAAUUUGCAGUUCACGUUGAGCUCAGACUUCAGCCUUGAAGAGCGCACACUCCGCUGCCAUCAUGGAGGCUGUCUGGAGGCAAAAACCACAGGGAAUGAGGACCUAAAGGAGAUGCUGGAGAGCACCAAGGAGUCUCACAAACUGGAGGCCAUGAAGAGGGUGGUGGGGCUGAUAGCGAAGGGGAAAAAUGCAUCAGAGCUGUUCCCUGCUGUGGUGAAAAAUGUUGCGAGCAAGAACCUUGAGCUGAAGAAGCUGGUUUACGUGUACUUGGUCAGGUAUGCAGAGGAACAGCAGGAUCUUGCCCUCCUGUCAAUCAGCACCUUUCAGCGUGCUCUCAAGGAUCCAAACCAGCUGAUCAGGGCCAGUGCUCUACGGGUUCUCUCCAGCAUUCGCGUGCCAAUCAUUGUGCCCAUUAUGAUGUUGGCCAUCAAAGAGGCUGCUUCUGACCUUUCACCUUAUGUCAGGAAAACGGCUGCUCAUGCCAUACAGAAACUGUACAGUCUGGAUCCUGAUCAGAAGGAGCCCCUGAUUGAAGUGAUUGAGAAGCUCCUAAGAGACAAAAGCACGUUGGUGGCAGGGAGUGUGGUGAUGGCAUUUGAAGAAGUGUGUCCCGAGCGGAUUGAUCUGAUCCAUAAGAACUACCGGAAGCUGUGCAACCUUCUGAUUGAUGUGGAGGAAUGGGGACAGGUGGUGAUCAUCAACAUGCUCACCCGCUACGCCCGUACCCAGUUCAUCAGCCCAUGGAGAGAGGACGGUGUAUUUGAUGAAAACUGUGAAAAUGCAUUCUACGAUUCGGAUGAAGAGAAGAAAGAUGGCGUGACGCAGACAAAACCAUACAUGAUGGAUCCAGAUCAUAGAUUACUGCUACGCAAUAUCAAACCUUUACUGCAGAGCAGAAAUACUGCUGUGGUAAUGGCUGUGGCACAGCUGUAUUGGCACUUGGCCCCUAAGCAUGAACUGAACAUCAUCACAAAAUCUCUGGUGCGACUGCUGAGAAGCCACAGAGAGGUUCAGUAUAUAGUUCUGCAAAAUAUUGCCACCAUGUCCAUUCAGAAAAAGGGCAUGUUUGAGCCAUACUUGAAGAGUUUUUAUGUAAGAUCAACAGAUGCUACACAUAUCAAAACCCUGAAGCUGGAAAUCCUAACUAACUUGGCCAAUGAAGCCAACAUCUCCACCAUACUCCGCGAGUUCCAGACGUAUGUUAAGAGUCAGGACAAAGAGUUUGCUGCCACUACUAUCCAGGCAAUUGGAAGAUGCGCGACCAACAUCUCUGAGAUCACAGAUGCAUGUCUCAAUGGCCUUGUGCUAUUGCUUUCCAGCCAAAAUGAGACGGUUGUAGCAGAGAGUGUGGUGGUCAUUAAGAAGCUGCUUCAGACACAGCCCUUACAGCAUAGCGACAUCAUCAAACACAUGGCUGCGCUGUUUGACAGCAUUACGGUGCCCAUGGCAAGGGCAAGUAUUCUGUGGCUCACUGGUGAAUAUUGUGAGCACGUGCCAAAAAUCUCUCCCGACCUUCUGAGGAAAGUGGCCAAGACCUUUACCAGUGAAGAGGACAUUGUUAAAAUUCAAGCAGUCAACCUCGCGGCCAAACUGUACCUCACCAACUCCAAACAGACCAAGCUUUUGGUACAGUACAUUCUAAACCUGGGGAAGUACGAUCAGAACUAUGACAUCAGAGAUCGUACUCGGUUUAUCCGGCAGCUGAUCGUUCCAAACGAGAGAAGUGGGGCUUUGAACAAAUACGCACGGCGCAUUCUGCUGGCACCCAAACCCGCCCCAGUGCUGCAGUCUGCUUUUAAAGAUCGGGAUCGUUUUCAGCUCGGCACGCUAUCCCACACUCUGAACUCUAAAGCCACGGGCUAUCUGGAGUUAUCUGAUUGGCAGACUGUGGCUCCUGACCAAUCUGUGAGAAAUGUGGAAGUGGUGGAAGAGAUGAAUGAACGGGCUCAGUCUGUCAGCAAAGCCAAACCUGCCUCGUCAGACAAGUUCUACUCGGACUCUGGAGAGGAAGAAGAGGAUGAGGAGGAUGAGGAGGAAGGAUCAGAUAGCAGCAGUGAGGACAGCAGUAGCAGCAGUGAAGAGUCGAGCAGCAGCACGGAGAGUGAGGAGCAUGGCGAAAGUAGCAGCGAGUCUGACGAGAGCUCUAGCCAGUCAGAGAAGAGCGCUGACUUGGGUUCUGACAAGAAAAAAAAGAAAACUCUGAAAAACAAAGAACUUCAGCAGGGCACAAAACCCAGUAAAGACAGUGACUCGGAUGAGGGCCAAAACAACAGGCAGGUUGGUAAAGCUGGUUUGGAAAACGAGUCGAUUACUUCCGAGGAAACGUCGUCUAGCUCAGAGUCCGACUCCGAUUCCAACUCUGCAACUAAACCGAAACCAAAAAACACAUCCAAACCAUUCAAGAAGUUGGAAGGACAACCUAAGAAAGCAAAAGAGGUUUCUCUCUUGGAUCUGGAUGACUUUUCACCCACUGUAGUUGCCACCCCCAAGAGCUCCAUCCUCUCCCCAAGUCUUCUGUCUGACCUGCAAGGCCUCUCGCUUUCUGCAUCCUCCACCCCGGCCAUCCAGGUAACCAGUCCCAUGUUUGUUCCAGUUCAAUCUCAUGAGCUGCUCCACAGCAUGACUGGAAAAGGCCUGGCUGCUCACUAUCACUUUACCCGGCAACCAUGUAUCUAUGGCAACCACAUGGUUUCUCUGACACUGACACUUAGCAAUCACAGUGACCACGUCCUGCACAACAUCCACAUCACGGAGGCAGCGUCCACCAGUCAGAAAAUCCACUGUUUCAGCCCUAUUGAGAGUUUGGAGCUGGAAGCAUCAGUAACGGUCUCAAUUGGGGUGGAUUUUAAUGAUUCAACCCAAGCAGCCAAUUUCCAGUUGUGUACUAAAGAAGAUCGGUUCAGUGUGUCUAUCCAGCCAGCAGUGGGAGAACUACUACUCCCAGUCACCAUGUCUGAACAGGACUUUAACCGAGAGCAAGGAAAGCUGCAGGGAAUGAAUGAAAGCUCAGCCACAGUCAUGAUGUCAUCCAAAAACACCUCGAUCAGUGACAAAGUCAGGACUGUGGCUAACGUGGGUGUGGUGCCGUCUGGAGAAAAUAACAUGCACAGGUUUGCAGCCAAGCUGGUGAGCUCUGGUACCCUGGUGUUGGCGUGUGUGGUACAGAAAGAUGCCAGCGCUCAACUUACCGUCAACACAGAGAAGACGGUCAUCGGCUCCAUGCUCCUCCACGAGCUCCAGAUAGCACUUGGUGCCCCCUAGAAUACACCUUCUAUUCCACACCCCCCAACUAAAACCUGCAUAAAAUACACAUUUUGUAUGAAUGUAAGUGAGUGAGUGCAAGAGAGAGCGAGAGAGAGAGAGUGAGAGAAACUCCUUAUCUUCCAAUGACUGUAAAGGGCAAGCCAAAUGCACAUUUCCCCCAGUAUUGCGGAAAUUAUUUUUGAGCAAUUUGAGCAUUUUAAUCCGUUUCAAACCUACUUUUUGUCUUGUCCAGGACUGUAUGUGAACGACCUUCCUCGUGUGUGUGUGUGUGUGUGUGUGUGUGUGUGUGUGUGUGUGUGUGUGUGUGUAUAUAGUGAAUCCGGUUAAACUGAUAAAUGAUAAAAAGAGUUCGGUGGUGGGUUUUUUUUGUUUGUUUUUGUUUGUUUUUUUGGGGGGGUUUCUUAUCCGCCCCCCCAAGACUCCAGAUCACGACCUGCAAGUUUUGAUUCUCGGGUGCCAAACUGUAGCAACUUUUUCUAUUUUUUUUUUUAACCACAUCUAUAUGUUCACUUACCCCAGACAGGAUUUUCCUUGUCGACUAUCAUCUCAUUAUAGAUGUACAGUGCUGCUUGAAAGUUUGUGAUAGAAUAUAGAUUUUUUUUUAUUUUAUUUCUCCAUAAAUAUGACCUAAAACAUCGGAUUUUCAAACAAAGCCUAAAAGUAGACGAGAAACCAAUUGAACAAGUGAGACAAAUAUCAUACUUGGUCAUUUAUUUAUAGAAGGAAAUGAUUCAAUAUUACACAUCUGUGAGAGGCAAACGUAUGUAAACCUUUGCUUUUUGUAUGUGGUGUGACGCUCGUGUAGCAAUAACUGCAGAUGAACGUUUGAUCAGUCCUGCACGUCGGCUUGGGGGCAUUUUAGCCCGUUCCUCUCUAACCGUUCUUUGGUAGAACGUCUUGUGUGCUUGGAGUCGUUGUCUUGCUGUAUGACCCACUUUCUCUUGAGAUUCAGAUCACAGACAGAUCUCCUGACGUUUUCCUUUAGAAAUGGGUGUUAUAAUUCAGAAUUUAUUCUUCCAUCAAUGAUGGCAAGCCGUCCUCACCCAGAUGCAGCAAAACAGACCUAAACUACCACCAGCAUGUUUCACAGAUGGGAGAAGGUUCUUAUGCUGAAAUGCAGUGUUUUCCUUUCUCCAAGCAGAACACUUCUCAUUUAAACCAAAACGUUUGGUCUUCUGGGCACAUCAUUUUUCCAAUAAAAAAAAAAUGGCUUGUCCACGUGAUCUUUAGAAAACUGCAAACGGACAGCAGUGUUCUUUUUGGAGAGCCGUGGCUUUCUCCUUGCAGCCCUGCCAUGUACACCAUUGUUGUUCAGUGUUCUCCUGAUGGUGGACUCAUGAACAUUAACAUUAGACAACGUGAGAGAGGAAUUUAGUUGCUUAGAAGUUACCCUGGGUUCCUCUGUGAUCUCGCAGACUAUUAAACUUGCUCUUGGAGUGAUCUUUGUUGGUUUCCACUCCUGGAGAAUGGAACAAUGGCUUUUAAUUUCCUCCAUAUGUACACAAUCUGUCUGACUGUGGAUUGGUGGAGUCCAAACUCUUUACAGUUGGUCUUGUAACCGUUUGCAGCCUGAUGAGCUUCAACAACUCUUUCUCUGGGGUCCUCAGAAAUCUCCACUGUUCGUGCCAUGAUGCCCUUCCACAAACGUGUUGUGAAGACCAGACUCUGAUGGAUCCCUGUUCUUUAAAUAAACCAGGGCGCUCACUCACACCUGAUUAUCAUCCCAUUAAUUGAAAACACCUGACUCUAAUUUCACCUUCAAAUGAACUGCUGACCCUAGAGGUGCGCAUACUUCUCCCACUCACAGAUGUGCAAUACUGGAUCAUUCUCCUCAAUAAAUAAAUGACCAAGUAUAAUAAUUUUGUUUGAUUGGGUUCUUUUUCUACUUUUAGGACUUGUGUGAAAAUCUGAUGUUUUAGGUCCUAUUUAUGCAGAAAUCUGGAACAUUUUAAAGGGUUCACAAACUUUCAAGCACCACUGUGUGUAUGCAUUAGUUAAAUUCCAUAAAUACUUUUGUGCAAAAAAUUCGUGGAUUUUUAAAUCAAAGGUGUUAAUAAAAGCCGCACUAAAUCUGGAUCAUUCUGGGGUUUUUUUUAAAAUAUGUGACCGUUUAACAGAGGAACAGAUUUGUGGUUACAGUACCGGUAUAGGGGGGGGUGUGUGUGUGUGUGUGUGUGUGUGUGUGUGUGUGUGUGUGUGUGGGUCUGAUGGUGAACAGAUGCCACAAAAUUCUUUCCAGAUUAAGAUUCUCGCACGUCUGUUUUAAUCUGAAACUGUUGCUGAUGAGCGCGACAGUGUAGUUUUGGUUUUGUUGUACAGGGGCAGCUCACAAAAUGAGAAUAUCGUGGAAAAGUCCCGUUUUUUUCCUGUAAUUUACUUCAAAAAGUGGAACUUUUAUAUAUUCUAGUUCAAUAUUAAAGUUAAAUAUUUUAAGGCUUUUUUUUGUUUGUUUGUUUUAAUCUCAAUUAUGGUUUACGGCUCACGGGGGGGAAAAAAAAUCCAGUAUCUCAAAAUAUCAGAAUAAAGAAUUUAUAAUACAGAAAUGUCGAGCUGAGAAGACUCUCAUCAGCGAAUUAACUCAAAACACCUGCGAAGGUUUCCUGAGCCUUUAAUCUCAGUCUGGUUCAGUACACACACAAUCACACGGUUGGAAAUUAUCUUCAAGAUUAAAACAAAAAAAGGCUUGAAAUGUUUCAUUUUCUGUGUAAUGAAUCUAGAAUGUAUGAAAGUUCCACUUUUUCAUUUAAAUUACGGGGGAAAAAAAAUAACUUUUCCACGAUAUUCAGAUUGUUUUUAUAGAUGCACCCGUAUAGUCUUGUAUUGUAUCCCUUCAUUGGAGGAAUUCAACAACUGCCCUCAGAUGGCUGUUUAUUAUAAUUACCCUUAGAAUGUAUAAACGGUUUUCCAUUCUUUACUCCGUACAGAGAAGCAUUAAAAUUCCGUGCUAAAUAUGCCAUCAGCAGAUUGAUGGAGAUUGGGGGCCUUCGUGUUCCUGGCGUACAUACUGCUCUUUUUUCAGGAUCAGAACCCAUGGUCUUCGACUAUAGCCAUAACUCUUACAUACGUGCGCUCUGUGCCAUCGUCAAAAAGGUUGUCCUGUUGACAUUUUUAUGAGAAUGUGAGUGCAUCUCUCUCCAUCAUGCCUAAGUGUAGGUUGUAAGGAUGCCACAGAACCAUUAGAAUGUGGACACACACAUAAUUAUUGAUCUUGGUUGCUGGGUUUUGUUGAUGUUUGGCCCAGCUGGAAAAGUUGCUGUAUUGAUUUUUAAAAAUAAAGAACAACGUUAAGAAAUUUCAUAACAAACUCACUUUCUUUCACUGAAAUAAAAUGUGGAUGUAAACAUAAAUGCCUUAAAAUAGUCAUCGAGGCCAUAAUGAGGAGGGGAAAGCACAUUCCUGAUUGGACAAAUACGAUGGAAAUGGGCAGUGACUGGUCCUGUCGGUGGAAAAUUUCAUUUGAACAUGGUUCUGGUGUUGAAGGGCGGUGAUGUGAUUGAAGCACGUGGUUCUGUAUCGCCUCCAACUGAAGCACGAAACCAAGAGUUGGGAGACAUUCAAGUGAUGCCUCUAUUUUUAACGGCUGCAAUGCCUCUUGUUAAAAAAACACAAACAAAAACAGAGCUGUCAAAGCUUUGCAGUGGCAUGGAAAUUGUUUGUGUGUUAUGACUGUAUUGCCAUGGCAACUGCCUAUUUGAGCCACAUGCUCUACAUGCUGUAACGGCAACCAUGCUGUUAAUUAGUAGCUGGCUGUAGGUGGCUCGUUCGUGCCUUAAAUAAGACCCUGGGAAUUAAUUUCCGGGAUUGUGUGUUCGUGUGGUUCCUUCUACAUGACUCGAAUUUGUGUUUCAGGAAACCUGAACUGAAGCGUCGCAAAGAAACUUAUGCUUGGCUUGAGGAAAACAUUAGUGAGUAAAGAAUAUGGUCUAUAUAGAAUAUUGUUGAUUUAAAAUAAUAAUAAUAAUAAAAAAUUCCCCACUGUACAUUUAAACAUGAUGGCGGAAUCUAUCCUUAGAUUAUUUCUUAAUUCUUUCAUUUUAAGGGAGUGUUUUGUCCUGGGCGGGGUCGCAGUGACUGGAGCCUGUGUCAGAAACUCUGACCACAAAGCAGGAAUACUCACUGGAUGGUACACCAGUCUAUCACAGGGGCGGGCACACACACACACACACACACACACGCGCGCGCGCACACACACGCACGCACACGCGCGUGGCUCAAAUGCAUGCAUAAUAUCUAAGAUUGCAUUUAUAAACAUGGCUAAACUAUCAAUAAAGCGUGAACGUCACUCUUCAUUAGUAAACACCCAGUAAUCCCUCAGGAUCCGUAAGCAAUAUAUUUAUAAACAUACUAGGUCCUUGUUGAUCACCCCCUCCAAUCCCCCCAUCAAGUUCUACUACUUAGAUUGUCUGCUUGUCUUAUAGAUCAAUCGAGCACACACAUGAUUCGUAUACAGAGCAUUUUAUUAGAUGUUCCUACAUGUUACGUAAACUCACUUCUGUUGUAUAUUUCUACUGUUAAAGUAUUUUCUCCAUAUAAACCAGUAGUCACUACUUGCGUCUCUUGCCUAACUGACGGCCUCUUUUGACUGCAUGUCUUUCUUUCCUUUAUACUAAAGCUUGAUCAAUCUGAUCCUGUCCUUUUUAAUGUUCCCAUGAUCAACUGAAUUAUAUCCUCUAAUAUGAGUCAGAAAACUCCUCGACUGUCAGCACUGCCUCGGGUAUUCCCCCUGAGGCCCAGUGAAAUAUACCGUGUAACAGCGAUUCAGCCAUAAAACGUGGCCCUCGAAUAAAUAAUAAAUGAGUCUGGAUGAGACAGCAAAUGCUGAACCGGCACAACGCACACUGAAAGAGAAAAUAAGUGGGUUUAAAAAAAUAAAUAAAAAUAACAAAAACCUCUGUUGAAGUAUGUAGUGUUCGGCAUUAGUUAACAUUUUAGCCGUGGGUCAUCUGUUCAUUUCAAAAUGUAGGAGCAGUUUUUAAAGGAAGAGUCGGGUUUUAGUUUUCUGUAUAUAAUUUACUUUCUCCCAAAUUACUAGAAUUAUGACUAGACAUUAUGACAUUCAUAGUUAUUCUUUUUAGGUGCUAUCUAAAGCAAUUUACAAUUAUUUGGGUUUUCCAAAAUCCCAUUGACAAAUAGUGUCUGUAGGUACACUGUAACAGGGAUUAAAAAGUGAAGCCAAAAUGUCUCUGACGCCUUCUAGUGGCUGGAUGCAGUACAGUCUUAACUCCACCUAUUCCCAGGAUAGUCGAUGGGAAAUCUGCUAAGAUUACAUUUUAAGUUACAGCUCCGUUCAUUAUUUUCAGGAACAGUCUUCUGUCAUUUUAACAAGUCCAGAUGACCUUUAUCUCCCCCAGUAGUUUUUCUUACAAUAAAUGCAUUUUCUAUGCUUACUGUCUCGUUUAUUGUUUCAUGUUUGUGUUUCCUAGUCAUUGUAUUUUGCCAGGAGUUACAUAGUUUUGUGUUUUUGGUUUAAAUUAAACUUUAACAGAGACUGCAUUCGCAUCCCUCUCUCAUCUGCUUAACGUGACACACAGAAAUAUAUCAAUCUAGAUUUGAAAUGUAUGAAUUUCUCCUUAACAAGCAAGUCAGAGGUGACUGUGGCAAGGGAAAAACGCAGUUAUUUGAUGAUGGAUCAAUUAAAAAGGUGUGGUUGAUGAGGUGAUUGGCAGUUUUGGACAUGACAGUUGAGCCACCUGAAGCUCUUGAUGGUUCUGUAGCAAAGCCGGGUUGUGUCUUCUGGAAACUGUUGUAACGGACCCUCAGCGGAGAAUUCUUCAGUGUCUUCUGGCAUGUUGCUCAGUUUUUGACCUCUUUUUGAAUUGAAAACGGGGGUUCUUAUGUCAUCCACUAAUCGCAGGGUUGGCAGUUCAAUCCCCAGCUCAUAUGCCUAAGUGUCCUUGGGCGAGACACUGAACCCCAAGUUGCUCCCGAGGGCAGGCUAGAGCCUUGUGUGUGUGUGUGUGUGUGUGUGUGUGUGUGUGUGUGUGUGUGAGUGAGUGAAUGGGGGAAUGACAAACGGUGUAAAGUGCUUUGUAAAACUGCUAAGGUUAAAAAAGGGGUUAUAUAAGUGCAGCCCAUUUACCAUUUCAUACGGACAGGUAAUGGGUAGCAAGUGUUCACUAUAGUAACAGUACAGUAUUUUAUUGAUGCUGACUGCCAGUGGCAAAAUGUGGAAUUGCCUUAUCUGAGAGAGAAACGCUCCACCCUUUGGCCUUUAUUACACCUAUAGCCCAUGUGCUAUUGUUUGAAGACUACAUUAGGCAGAAUAUCAGCAGCACGGAGUUAAAAACAUGAAUCUGUUUGUGUGUAUGAUGCAGGAUUUGUGAGAGGUGUCAUGGCUGGCUUGUCACUCUCGUGUAAACCAGUGAGGAUCUGUAUGAUGUAUUUAGUUGUGAUCAUACAUGACCACUAACCUAGAGGUCAAAGGUUACUCUACCAGUAUGUAAAUAAUCCCGCUCCCUGUACAUCAUUCCUCCAGCUACUCAAGUCGAGGACUAUGUAUUUAUGGACUAUAGUCGAUGUAUUUCAAUCACCUUCAUCAUCAUCAUUUCUGGAAUUUCUUUAAACUUCAGCACAGUGUGUUACUGAGUAAGACUUUUAACCAACUCCAUGCUGAUGAUAAAGUUCUAUGUAAGUGUAGAUGUGAUGGAACAGGGUUCGCAGUAAUCAGGUCUGGUUGUGUCUCGUCCAGCUGAACCCCAUUAUCAAUGCAGUUUCAUAGAUUUGGGGAAUUAGUAACUACGGGGGCAAAUACAUUUUCACACAGGCCCAGUUGGUAUCGGAUAACUUUUUUGCUUCAAUCAAUAACAUUAUCAUUUAAAAACUCUAUUUUGUGUUUACUCAGGUUGCCUUUUUUAAUCUUAGAUUCUGUUUUAAUUUCUGAAACGAUUCAGUAGGAGAGAGACACAAACACAGAAUAAAUCUCUUUCACAGCGCUGUAAUUUCUGCUCUUUGGCUUUUAUUGCCUCAAUUAUUUUUUUUGGUAGUGACAAAAUUGACAUUGUGCUUCUUUUAAUGCGUUCAAAUUAUUAUCCUUCAUAGAGAUGAACAUUUGAUUGCUAAAAGCUGCAAUAAAAUUCCACUUGAUUACUGCAGUGCAAUUUGUAAUUGUUCAAUAAGAGGCUGACUGGAAUGUAUUCUCAUGAUUAAGAGUGUUUUCUUUUCACAUUAAAACCUCCAUUUAAGACCUAAUGUCCCUCACUUGGUACAAAGCUUAAGUGCCAUCAUGGCAGGUGUUUUAUGAACACUUGGUUUUUAUUUUUUAUUUUUUAUUCGGUUUGUUUGUAUUUUACAAAAAAAUACAGAAAGUGCUGUAAUGGCAAAAGCUAAGAGUACAUUCUAUAGUGUCUUAAUUAGAGGCUUAUUGUAUAUUGAGGGCUUUGAAUUGGCUCUAUUGGAACCAUAAAACAUGGCUCAGUGUGUUUUUAGCCAGUGGAGAAAGCUCUAGUUGGUUAAUUAAAGGUAAAUAGACAAAUGCAUAUAUAGUCCUUUUAUGUGUGUGUGUGUGUGCGCACAUGCUAGUGUAAAUUGAGGGCUACAAAGAGGAAUCAAAGUGAGUUAAUAUGGAUUAAUGAACUGAAGGGCUUGAGCACCGAGAGUGGAUUUGUGUGACAUGCUUGACUAGUCUAUUCAACCCUAAUUUGGCCGUGUAAAGGUCGCCCUCCUGGUACACACACACACACACACACACACACACACACACACACACACACACACACACACACACACCUGUGCAUAUCUCCAAGUCGAAGCUAACAAAGACCUGCAUUAGUGUCUCCUUCAUGGCCACAAUUUCUCCAUCUGAAGCAAAAAGCAUA